UUCCGCUUCCGGUAUGGUAUCCAGUGCCUUGCCCACCUCGCCGUAAUCCUUGCCCUAAAAUAAAAAUCCGUAGCUGCAGCUUCGCCGGAAUCCCGCCCGCCGGCCCGCCGUCCGUUCCCGCGCGCCGGAUCUGCCGCUCGCGGGACGAUUUCUCCGCGCGAGAUGUUGGUCCCGUGGGGAGGGGUCGGGUGCUGCCUCAGCGCCGCGGCGCUGUAUCUCCUCGGGAGGAGCAGCGGGAGGGACGCGGAGGUGCUGCGAUCGGUGGCGAGGACCGGCAGCCUGAAGGAUUUGGCUGCUAUCUUGGACACUGCAAGUAAAGUCCUGCCACUUGUAGUGGCGGUUUCUGGGCGAGUUAGUUCAGAUACACCACUUAUAUGCCAACAAAGUGGUAUGAGAGGUGUAAUAGUCGAGGAAACGGCAGAGCAACACUUCCUGAAGCACAAUGAUGCUGGAUCCUGGAUUCAAGAUUCUGCUGUGAUGCUUUCUGUUAGCAAAGAGGUUCCAUGGUACCUGGAUGAUGGCACUGGGCGUGUCUAUAUUGUUGGCGCUCGUUCUGCGGCAGGGUUAAUUUUAACUGUUGCCAGUGAGGUUUUUGAGGAGUCAGGGCGGACUCUUGUACGUGGAACUCUGGAUUAUUUACAAGGACUGAAGAUGCUCGGAGUAAAGCGAACUGAAAGGGUUCUUCCAACUGGAACUUCAUUGACUGUUGUUGGUGAGGCCAUUAAAGAUGAUGUUGGAACUAUUCGGAUUCAGCGGCCACACAAAGGACCAUUUUAUGCAUCUCCAAAAAGCAUCGAUCAACUUAUCUUGAAUCUCGGGAAAUGGGCCAAGUUAUACCAACUUGCUUCCAUGGGCUUUGCAGCUUUUGGUGUAUUUCUUCUUGCUAAGCGUGCACUUGAUCAUUUUCUACAAAGAAAGCGCCAGCGUGAAUUUCACAAGAAGGCUCGUGCUGCUGCAGCACAAAGGCAGGCUAGGGACGCUGAAGGAGGCAAUGGCACAUCAGACGGAGAGCCUAAGAAGGAUCAAUUGGUAUUAGAAAUAUGUGUCAUAUGCCUUGAACAGGAGUAUAAUGCAGUUUUUGUGCCGUGUGGCCACAUGUGUUGCUGUAUGAACUGCUCUUCUCACGUAACAAACUGUCCACUCUGCCGACGAAGAAUAGACCAAGCUGUCAGAACAUUCCGUCACUGAUGGCACUGCAUGGUGCAAGAUCCUGCGCCUGAUAACACCAGGUGAACCACAUCUUUCAAAACCACCUGAUACUUCAAGUUCUGAUCGCCGUGGCUGCCAGUGUGUGCCGAUAUCUGGAACGCGGAACUGAGCUGGAGCUUGUGAAUUGGAGUUUUGCUUCACUGUCGAAACUUCACGGUACGCGGUGCCAGUUGCUGAUCUUCCUUGUACUUUACAGUUGUGUACAGAGUGUUCUUGUGUAGCGCCUUGUUUCUAACAGCGCUCUGAUUGACAGCAUGGAUGCUUAGUAGUAGUAUUUACUGGUGGAUCGAUUGAUUCUAUCCAAUGGAAAUGCUAUGUUGUUUGACAUUGUAAAGGAUAAUCAUUUCUUCUGAUAUAUAUUGGACACCGUCUGUUUUGA